UGUGGAUGAGCGAUGGCAGAAUGCCGGCUCCGGGAUGGGAUCCACAUUGAUGAGGAGGAGCAGAGAAAUGGGGGCAAAUUUCCGCUUGUGCCGCCGCGAGAGGAAGAAGCUCCCGCUCUUCGCCAGGUCGGAGCACUACGGUAUCGUCGUCUGUGACUGAUAGUAGUGAGGAUUCCAGCGAUCGAUUUGUGAUUCGCAACAAUCAAGAGAUUUAUCGAGAGAAUGCGUUUCUCGUGGGAGUCGACCAUCGCGCAUUGUUUGGAGCUCGAGCAGCUCGCCGACACACCGGACUGGCCGACAUAUCAAAAAUUAUCCAAACCCGAGAACAUACAUGGCGUCUGGGAAAGUUGCGGAGGUGAAGACCGCUCUCCAGGCUCUAGACGUUGAGACGGGUGACCUUGGAUGACGAAAUAUCGCCGGGGUUAGAAAAGGCAUUUGGUGAUCAUGUUCGCACAGCUCUGAUUCUUGACAUCUUUAGCCAGAGAGCAGCGACGCGUGAAAGCGGCUUUGCAGAUAAAACUAAGGAGGUAUGGUGAAUGGUAUGGGAGAGAAGCAGAUCGAACUUGAUAAACGUAUCCUUAGAACAAAGAGGAAGAAUCUCGAGUCGGUACGUGACCACAGGCAACAGUAUAGAAACCGGGUUCCUAUCCCUGUUAUUUCUCUGGUACAUAUCUAGAGAUUCCACAGGUUGGCUAUACAAAUGCUGGCAAGAGCACACUUUUGAACAAGCUUAGUAAUGCUGAUGUUCUAGCUGAAGAUCCACACUAGAUCCUAUUACGAGACGUGUAAAGCUCCCGAAUGGAAAUGAAGGUUUGUUUACAGAUGCUGUGGGUUUUAUUUAAAAGCUUCCAACACAACUUGUUGCCUCAUUUCGUGCAAUCAGCGAUUUGUCUUUGAUCCUACAUGUUGUAGGUAGAAGUCAUCCGAUGGCGCCUGCACAAACAGAAGCUGUUGACGAAGUUCUUGCUGAGCUAGAUGUUCAACACAUUCCUCGACUUUCAGUGUGGAAUAAGAUUGACAAAGCUGAGGACCCAGAUGCCUUGAGAGCGGAAGCCAAACAACAAGGUGCAAUCUGCGUGUCAGCCUUAACCGGAGAAGGCAUUCAAGAAUUUUUUUAUGCUGUGGACACAAAACUCAAGGAUUUACUUGUGCGAGUGGAAGCCAUUGUCCCGUAUAGCAAGGCGUCAUGAUCCACAGGCGUGGUGUUGUGGAACAUGAGGAGUAUACAGAUUCUGAGAGCUCACGUUCCUCUUGCACUGUCCAAACAGCUGCUCGAGCACCGUGAUCGGGUCCCUUUUGUGUAGUUUCGUGUGAAGUAAACUUUACAUUUUAAAUCCAGAGCUCUUGGCAAACGAAGUGAUGGAUUUCGAAGUCGCUACUCUUUGCUGCCAUUCCGGAAAGCCGCUUGCCAAAGGCAGUGCCAAGCAGGUGCUGUGCCUGGCUUCUGCAAAUAAGUUCGACAAAUUUUCCGACUACGCUGGAGCUGCUCACGUCUAUAGGAGGUAUGGUUCUCCAAACACCAAGGAGCUAGGAGACGCUAUUGCGGCGCUGGAAGGCGGUGAAUCAGGCCUUGCUUGCUCGUCGGGAAUGGGAGCUAUUCUCGCAGCCUUGCUUGCAGUGUGCAAGAGAGGGGACGUUUUGGUCGCUCCGCGUGAUCCAUACGGAGGAACUUACGACUUGUUAGUCAAUGACUUUGACAGGUUUGGCAUCUCCGUACGUCUGGAAGACGUUCUAGAUCUUGUGAGACUCGACGCAACUCUCUCUGAGCUCUACGCUGCUGCUACGGCCGGCGCCAGUGGCCGCAUUGCAGUGUUUGUGGAGAUGUUCUCAAAUCCGCUGGUUAAAGUUGCGGACAUUCCAGCGAUUUCAAAGUUGUGCAAGAAAUAUGGAUGCGUUCUUAUCGUGGACAAUACUUUUGGUACUCCCGUCCAGCUCAAGCCGCUAAAGCAGGGAGCGGAUAUGGUUGUACACUCUGCGACUAAGUUUCUUGGAGGUCACAAUGAUGCUAUGGCUGGAGCACUCGUUGGGUCAUCCGAGUACGUGACAAGUGCCGCAGGAAUGGUAGCUCGCUGGGGUCUAGCCGCCUCACCAUUCGAUUCAUGGCUCGUACUGCGAGGAAUUCAAACUCUGGAAGUCCGAAUCCAGCGACAGUGGCAGUCAGCUAGCAUUCUUUCUCAGCAGCUUUCAGCUCAUCCGCUCCCUCUUCGAGUUCACGCGGCACAAGGCUGCUCGAUCGUCGCGCUCGAAGUUCCAAACGGACUUGAUGGAGCCGCAGCAGCAAUAGACGCGUUCCAGCUGAUAACGCUGUGUCCCAGCCUCGGAGGCGUCGCCACCACCGUCUCCCACUCGGCAAGCUCCUCGCAUUCCUUCCUCCCUCGCGACCGGCGGAUUGCUCUGGGAAUCACAGACGGACUCCUCAGAAUCUCUGUCGGCCUGGAGCACGUCGACGAUAUCUGGGUCGACUUGGAACGCGGCAUCUUCGCCGCCGCCGCCGCCUCUCAUCCUGGGAGCUGAAAAGACCUCGAGCUUGUUAUCUUCAACAGCCGUCACAAGCAUGCUCUUAUAGGAGUCAAGAUCAGCGGCUGGACAUUCAUUACAACGGAGAAGUUCUCAAGUCAUUAGGCUGUGCGUUAGUUGACUAAGUUUUCGGCCACUUCACAAAGGCCAUACAAGAGCUUUGCAAAUUCCAAAGUUAUGUCUCACAAGAAAUUUGCAAAUUCCAAAGUUAUGUCUCAACCUGCUGAAA